AUGGCGACCAAGGGACCACGUCGUCACCACCGCCGGCGCCACACCAAGCUCAAGAGAGCGUCCACGACCGAGCUCAUCCCGCCGGGGCCGACGAGCGUCCACCACCUCCCCGACCACCUACUGGAGCUCGUCCUCCUCCGCGUCGGCUCUUCGCUCGCCCUCCUCCGCGCCGCGUUCACCUGCAAGCGCUGGCGUCGGAUCAUCACCGCGGACACCGCGUUCCUCACUACGUUCCGCGCCCUCCAUGCCCCGCACGUCCCCGGACACUACCACAUCGUCGACCCCAGCCAUGACGACCUGCCUCCCGACGGGAACAACCAGGCCUUCGUGCCGGACACCUCGACGGCCGAUGUCAUCGACAGACGCCACUUCGCCCUCGAUUUCCUCCCGGACCUGGAAUGGGAGCUCGGUGACAGCCGCGGGGGCCUGCUCCUCCUCUACAGGAGGCCGCAUGACGCGUGGUAUAGGACGCAACCGGAGCUCCGGUUCACUGACAUCAUCGUGUGCAACCCGCUCACACGCCGUUACCAGGGGAUCCUAUGCUGGAACGAGAUGUACCAUGCCCAGUGCCUAGGCCUAUUCCUGCUCGACGGCGCUGCUGUCGACGAGACAGGUAGCUCCUGCAUCAGUAUGUCCAACUUUCGGGUGGUCGCCGUGGUCUACGAAACUCCGACUCCCAGCGUCUGGGUGUUCACCUCUGGUAGCGACGGUGGCUGGCAGGAGAGCGCGGCCAGCAGCGGCGGCGGCCCCAUUCCAGAGUUUCACCUGAUCAGCUUCGUCGGGCGCGCGUGUUCGUCACUCUACUGGCGCAUGGAGGGCGAGGGUGUGGUGCUGGCUCUCGAUGAGACUACCCUGGAUUUCACGCUCGUGACCUUCCCGUAUACCGUCGUCGGGUUGCCGGGCGAGUCUUCGACCUUCCGAGUCAUCGGCGGCCACAAAGUCGACAGUCCCGAGCUGCGCGUCGUGCGCAUUGUCAACAAUGGAGACCUCACGGUGUUUGCAAAGCUCCAGAGAAGCGCCGAGUGGGUUACGGAGAAAGUCGUAAGGCUGUCGGCGGCCACCUGCGGGCUGCCGGGGUACGUGGAGACGUACUUCCAGCGACCAGCAAAGAUUGUCGCGGCGACUACGAGGUACAUCCUCUUGAAGCCGCGGGAGGACGCGAACUGGAUUGUCUCCGUCGACCUCGACACGCUGGAGCUGGAGCGGGCACACGAGAGGAACAACUACGCAGGAGCGGCGUACCCAUACGAGCUACCAUGGCCACCCGCAUUGCAGGCUUGCCGUGCGGACAGUGGCCAGCGUCGCAGGAGGAUUAACAUGCUGCUGAAGUGAUAAAAUUCGUAUAUGAAUGCAUUUAAUCUG